ACAAUCAGUGGACCGGGUAGAUCGGCUAUUGAUUCUUUUGAUCAGUUGGUAUAUUUAAACAAUGUGUCAUUUUAUUUCGUGACUUCGUACGGUAUUGGGUCGCAGUGGCUAUUUGGUGCAUGAAAAAUGGUUAUGAAAUCAUUUGAAUUAUUUCAGUAUUAAAUUCAGUACAUCUUUCGUUUGGUGAUGGGAAGCAUUGGAUUUAAAAUACAGGCCAACUCUUUGCCUUAUAAAUCAGUUUGAUUAAAUAAUAUAAUCGCUUAACAUUAUUUUGCGUUAACAAUUUAAUCGAAGUGACAAUACUCCGUUCAUUUAUGACUGGAAUCGAUUUGAGAACAUCAGUUUUGUAAAGCGGAAAUAGUAGGACAUUUUCGUGACGGGAUGUGCGCUGAAGCCGGCACUGUGACAUCAUCGUGGCUGCUGCUGCUGGUGGCGGCGGCCCUCGUGCUCCCUCAUUCCGGAAAGGGACUACGCAUGCCCGUACCAGAUAACUUCGAGACAGACAAAGUGGAGGUAGAGCUGUUGACUGAUGAGGGAACUUCCGGUAGCCUCGGUGAGUUGUACCCGGACACCGCCCACUUCCGGGUUCAUCAUCCCGCAGGUUCCGUGACGCUCCGACUCAACCGGAACCAGCGGCUCCUUGCCACCUCACACAUUUUUCUGUGGAGGGACGGCGACAUCCGGAAGUCUGAUUCUAUGGCGAACAAGACGGGAGCCCUGUACCAAGAUCCGAAAACCGGCGCCGCCCUCGUGUUCGUCCGCCCGUCCGCCGCCUCGCCUAUUCGAUUGUUCGGCACGUUUUUCACGGAGCAGGGCCAUCAUCUCAUACAACCGGAAGCCGAUGGUCACGUGAUGUCCGGUCUUCCCGGGGACGCGCAUGCGCAUACAGAAGCCUAUCGCCGGACCCUCGAGGCGAUAGCGGCGACUCCCGAUGUCAGGCGGCGGCGGAGGCGGCAGGCUACCUCACUCCAGGUGGAGCUGCUUACUGUGGUCGACUACAAGAUUUACCAGUUUUGGUACGAUCUAACGAAAGGGUCGGCGGACAGACGGACAGACACAGUCAACCUUAUAGCGCUGUACAUGGCAUACAUGGUCAACGCUGUGGACGCUCGUUUUCGAUCCGUGGACAAUAUGGAUUUGAGCGUUCUGCACGCGGGGCUCUUCAUUGCGGAUACACCGGAAGCGGCGGGUUGGAGCGAGGGGACUGUGACGGGCGGACAGCAGGACAGCUCAAAGACGCUGGAUGCCUUCACAUCCUGGACAAAUGAGCAAAACGGACUUCCGGCCCGAGACCACGCCAUGGCCUUUACCGGGUAUGACAUCACAAGUGGAAGUUCCGGAUCGGACAAUGCGGGCGUGGCUGGGCUAGGAACAAUAUGCUCCUCCGAAAGUACGUCGCUGGUUGAGUGGCGCUUCGACUUCAUUACCAUGGCAACUGCGGCCCACGAGCUAGCGCACAGCUUGGGCGCGGUGCACGACGGUUCUGGUAACACAUGUAGUGCAGACGACAGCUACAUCAUGGCGCCGAGAAACUCUCCGGGACUUCCGGCCUCCAAGGGCCGUCACCCGUGGCUGUUCUCAACGUGCUCACAGAAAUCGUUUAAGCAGCGCGUGGACCUAUUGGACGCUUUUGGAGGGAAUUGCCUGCUCAGGGCGGCCGGAAGUUCACGCAUAGCUACGACGCCACGCCCCAUGGGUAAGACGUAUGGAGCGGACGAGACGUGUGUCAACCGGUAUGGAGCCGGCUCCUUCGUCUGUAGGUCUGUGCAGUCUUAUGAUGCCAUAUGUCGUGGGAUGUUUUGCAACCAGCCGGGUUCCACUCUCUGCUAUGCCGUAGUUCCGGCUGAGGGGACGCCGUGUGGCGCCGGAAAGUGGUGUGAACGUGGGGUGUGUGUAAGCUCCCCGCAGGCGUCUUCUGACGUCACGGAUUUCUGCCCACUCGGGGACCGCCCGGGCUUGUUCGAAGAAACGGGGCGCACUUGCGCAGACCACGUGGCCGCGGACGCCUCCGCCUGCUACUCGCCAUACACCGAGGCAAACUGCUGUAAGAGUUGCGCGGCACGUGCCGGCACGGACGAGUCGUGUCGCUAUGGCGACCACGGACCUUUCUGCACUACGAUCUCGCGGCAUGGAUGUUACUCGAACGAGGAUUAUUGUUGCAAGACCUGCCCGCCACUGAAAAAUGCUGGACUUAUAGGUUGUGAGUUCGGCGACAAAAUGGCAGGUUGUAACAAAGACCACUGUGGGUAUUACUCUGCUGAUGUUCGAGCCGGCUGCUGCGAAACGUGCUACGAUGGCAUCAUUCCCACUACCACUACUUCUACCGUCCGCACCAACCGUCCGACAACAACAAUGGUGCCUACCGUCCGUACAACAACCGUCCGCACCAACCGUCCGACCACAACAUUGGCGCCCACCGUCGGUACCACAACCGUCCGUACCAAUCGUUCCACAACAGGACCUACCGUCCGUCCGCCCACGACCAGUCCACCGCCAAUGCCGACGCCGACACGUCCGCCAACAGACCGAACCCCCGUCGCUCCGCAAGAAAACACGAUGUCCGAGGUGGUGGCGGUUGCGCUGGGGGUUGGCGCUGGCGCUCUCGUUCUCGCCUUGGUGGUUGCAAUCACAUGUUUCCUGUACAGGCGGCAGCAGGCGUCCAAGUCCGCCCAUACCAAGCGAGACUCUAUUGACAAUAACUAUGAUAACAUCGGUUUCAUUGGGGCUAGAGAGAAGCCCGCCCGUCCCCCACCACGUAGGGCCUCCGACAACCGCGGCAGUGCCGGGUCACACACGCCUCAGAGUACAGUAUUCGUGGACGACUAUACGUUGCCUGUACCCUCUGCACCUUCUAUCGUCAGCGAGGCGUCAGCUACUUCCGGUGUUCAGUACACAGCGCCUGAGAAACCUAGAUUUUUCGCGGCACUUAGACACCCCAAGCUUCUCCGUUAUAGCGCUGGCCUCAAGCCUCCCAGCGCACCGGAACCGAGCGUCUCCGAUACCAUGAAGCGCGUCAGUCGCCCGGUCCAUUACAAGCGGACAAGUAACCAGCGACCAGCAUCAGGAGAGGUGAGCGUCCCGCUUCCCGGAAUGAGCGGCGACAGGCGACCAUCAGACGCAUACGACAGCAUCGGCGACCUGCCGGCGUCCAUGGUCUCCCGGAAACCAACUCUUCCAAAAAAUCAUCCCGGAAAACUUACAGCAAGAAUUAAUCAGUUUGAAAAAAUAAACAGUGAAAACCACAAUUAUUUAACAAAUGCCAAUGUUCAAAACAAUAACACUACGAAAAAUAAAGACAUUCCGCAUGAGAGUGAACGACCCAAGCCGGUACCACGUAUAACUAGCAUCAAUAGCUCUCAGGAGACUAUACCAACUAUAUCAGCAUCUAUUGCUGAGCCUGACUUGUCCAUAAUGGAAACUUAUGACAAAGCGGACAGUGUACAAAAGUUAGACAAUCAAAAUGUUCGUCCUCACUCUGUGAACGCUAAGGCGCCGGAAGGGCUGGUCCCUCCGGCGCGACCCGUUCCAAGGCGACCGGAAGUGGUAAAUGAACAUAGGACAGGUGUACCGGUGCCGCCUAAGCGCCCCGUCCCUCGGCGCCAAUCUCUCAUCCCUCCACGGCCACCCUCCGGAGCGACGGCCGGGAAUCAGACAGUUAUCCUUAUAUGAGAGCAAGGAAAAAGCUAUAACAUAUUUUUCAUGUAAAAUUAUUGAAAUCCAUUGACAUGGUUAUAAGACAGAGUUUACCCAUUUUCCGUUUAUAAGUCUUUUUGACUCAAACAUCAUAUGACUUAGGCAUAAUUUAUACAUUGGGCUGAUUGAUUCAUGUUUAUAAAUUCACUUUGGCACUGCUGUUUAAAACAUGUAUGUUGUUAAGUUUCGUUUGUUUCGAAGAUGAUAUCAAAACCUGUUUUGUUUGUUGUAGUUUUGAUAUACCUUUUUAUAUUUGUAAUAAAUUUGUUUU